AUGGCUAAUCGCCGAACCGCUCCGGCAAGCCACCGCUUCCGCCGUCACACGGAUCGUCGAGGAGAGGGUUCUGACGCAACAUGGCUGCCCCAAGGGUAUCAUCACAGACAACGGACGACAGUUCGAGAGCCGCGAAUUCCGAGAAUUACUAAGCGGCGCGGGAAUCGAGCACCGCAAAACAUCACCGUAUUCACCACAGUGCAACCCCGUAGAACGCCCCAACCGGACCCUGAAAACAAUGGUCGCGCAAUUCACGGGAACCAAUCAUCGCCGCUGGGACCAACGCUUACCACAACUGGUAUUCGCAGCAAACACAGCAGUACACGAAAGCACCGGAUACACGCCCGCCUGGAUGACGUAUGGACGAGAGCUAAUGCCACCAGGGACUCUACGGAACCAACACGAGGAUUUAAAAGAGUGCCCGGACAACGAGCAAUAACAAAACCGAGAGUAUUAAAGACGCGGCAAUACGGACUGGAGGAGAACAGUCAGUGGUCCACGAUGGUGCGACAACGAAGCACGCUCCGCGAACGUCUCGCCCGAGCAAUCACCGGACCGCCGAGGAUGCCCGUCAGCAGCCGCCCGUUCGAGGCAUUCGCACGGCCGCCAGGAAAGGACCGUCCCCGUCGGGAGGACCGGGCCAGCGUACGACCACCAGUCGCAGCCGGGGAUGCCCCAUCGCCAGCUCCACCGCCGCUGCAAGGGCCCCGACGACCGGCGACAAUCCGGCAGCGAACCACCAGCUCCCGCCAGGACCGACUGUACGCGCAGGACGCUCCGACAGCCGCCGCCACACGCCGUGAGAUCCUAGUUCGGACGUUCGGAUCUUCUUUGUCCGACCUAGACGAUGACGACGACGGGGGCACCACCGGGACAACCGAAACGACAGCCGUCGAGCCCCCCGUCAUACCGCCACCACCAGCGGUACCGGAACUAUCCGCCCCGCUGCCGGACCUGACGCCGCUGCUCGCCGCGCUACCAGCGGCCUCCGACCACGACCGCCCGGACACUCCGACAACAGCACCACCGCCACCCGCGGACCCGCCACGGACCGUAUCACCGCUGCCACCGGUACCACUGCCGCUACCACUGCCUCCGCUUCCUGCCUUGGUUCGGCCAACGCCGCCUCCCUCGCCGAGACCGAUACCGCCGAUGCCGCUACCAGAGCCUACGCCUCCACCGCCGUUCGCACCGUCACUGCCGGCGCCACCAUUGCCGACUCCGCCGCCUACACCACCUACGGACGGGCCCUCCACGGGAUACUACACCCCUUACGGAGAAGCAGUACGGAGCAUCCCGUGGGACCGUAUCAAGCCGGGGCAACGUUACCGCCACAAGGCCCACGGGUUCAAGAUCAUUGUAAGACGCGCCCGCGACGGUACCUUCAAAAUAAAAUGA